UCGUCACAGCAGAUCGUCGGCAGCCGCUGUAGAAAGCUGUUUGCCAUGGUGCCUCUGCUCGUCUUGGUGUUGCUGGCGCUCGGCAGUGUUGUGAGGCCCGCCGCUGGCCAUGGCAGACUCAUCGACCCGCCCAGUAGAGCGUCCGCCUGGAGAUUCGGCUUCAAAUCUCCUCCAGAUUAUAAUGAUAUGCAAGGCUGGUGUGGUGGACGGGGUCACCAGUGGGAAGUUCACAAGGGCAAGUGCGGCAUUUGUGGGGACCCCUUUGAAGGGCCCAGGGAGCACGAAUUUGGUGGCAAGUUUUACACAGGCAAGCGGGUGCGAAGAUACUUGGCAGGGUCCGAAAUAACCAUUAAAGUAGACCUCACAGCUCCCCAUUGGGGUUACUUCGAGUUUCGGGUUUGUCCAUCCAACUCCAGACAGGAAGUGACUCAGCAAUGUCUUCACAGACACGUUCUGCAGCGAGCGGAUCAAGGUGGAUUAAAAGCACACCCGACGCGUUUCUACCCGAGCCUGGAGGCAAAAAUCUUCGAAAUGCGCUACCGUCUCCCAGCUGGCCUAACCUGUAAGCACUGCGUCCUGCAGUGGCGCUAUCGCACGGGAAACAACCCAGGCAUCUGCAAGGACGGCUCCACUGCCACGGGCUGCGGUGCACAAGAAGAAUUCCGCGCGUGCGCAGACGUGGCAAUAAGCAAGACUUUGAAGAAAAAGUACAAGACGGCCGUGGAGACAGAGCCUGGAAGUGCGGAGGGGGCGCUAGCUUUGAACGCGACACAAAGCGCCGAUAGCGACACCGUCCUGGAUGCUGCCAUUGACCACUACAUCGCAGAAGUUCUUGCCAACCAAACAAGCAAUCAUAACGCGUAUAGGGCAGCAGUCGAAAUUGACGCAUCCCAGUUGAACUAUUUCCUCAACUUUUCUGAUCCCUCUGAGGAUGUAGUUUUAGAGGAAGUCGCACCAGUAAGAAGAUUGUUGUGCGGGGUAGGCCUGAGGCCUGAGCUAGAUUCAGGAAACGCGGGGCCAGAGCGUGAGGGUGAGAUGGACGGGGAAGGGCCCCGCGCGAACCGGACUAGGUACAGAAGCCCAGCCUGGGAGUAGAGGGAAGGGGAAGGGCACACGGCCUCGGAGGCGCGAGAGUCGCGGAAGUGGCGACGGGGAGCGGAGGCCGGGGCGAGAGAGGGGGGAGUGGGAGCGAGAAGAGGGAGGGAGGGAGAGAGGUGCGUGUGUGGUGGUGCUAAGAGAGGAGUAACUAGAUAAUAACGGUGUACUCCACACAGUAAAAACUCUACGAAGAGUCGCUUUGCAAUACGAAGAAAAUGAAGACAUUGUACAAUCUACGAAGAAAUUCUUCGUAUUAUGAGGCAAAAUCCUUCGUAAUACAAAGCAUUUCUUCAUAAUACGAAGCAAUUCUAGAAUGCCUUCAUUUUCGUUGUAGUUAUGAAGCAAAUGCUUCGUAGGCUUUUAAGAGUGCAAGUGAAGCGGGUGCAUUUGUAUGAGUGUGAAGAGGUGACGGUGCGGUGCAUCUAUUCGACGCAGACAAGUGUCUCGACGUGGAGAGGUGAAUCUGAAACACUCCAUCCGUGGUCACCUAGAAAUUAGGUAGGGUUGUUAGUUUAGUUUCGUGUUUAAUUAGGUUCUAGUCACAGCAUUUAUAGUUGUGAGUGGUGGCGUGUUUGUUGUAAGCAAUAAAUAGUAUUUUUGGCGUAA